CACAAAUGCACAGACUUAGUCUGAUAAUCAAGUGACUGGGGGGCUUACGCAUAAAGGUGGUUUCUUUUGCUGCUAUUUUCUUAUAUGCUCCUGUUCAUUUCGUUCAUGCGCGGGGAAGCGAGCUUGGGAAGGUUAUGCAGGUUGUGGUUCUUGUCUUGCGUACGCUUGCUCUAUUUUCUUUCUCAAUGUCUCAUUCAUGGUUUUGUUCUGGUGUAGUUUGAUACUACGGAUGAGUUCGUAUCUUUAUUUCGUUCAUUCGUUGAUUUAUUUAAUUUUGCGUCGUCUUCUGGAAAGCGAAGCCUGUGUGAGUACCUAGGUAAUAUAGCGGGAGCGAUUGAAUGCAGAGAUGAUGGGUUUCCUGCAGAAACCAAAAAGCGUGCUCAAGAAGAACCUCUCGAAAGUACCAAUUCGCUCUGUCCUCCAGGAUAGCGAGAAGGUCGGGGAUGGUGAACCUGCUGGCAGGCUGCAAGGGAAUUCACGGAUGAAAUUGGGGGAUGCGGACGGAGUGUUGGCUCCGAGAUCGAGUAGUGAUGGGGCGAGGGAUCCUUUGAAUUGGCCAACAUGGAAGAAAGAAACAGCCUUCUUCACUCUCCUCCUCUCAACGGCCGUAGUUGGGAUUCUGAAAACACUAUUCGUGACGACUAACAGUGUCAUCGCGAUGCAAUAUAACGUCUCAUAUAUGGGCGCAACGGCACUCACCGGCAUCCCUUUCAUCGUUGCUGCGAUCUCCAGUCUCGGGAGUUCCAUCUUGAGUCAAGCUAUUGGGAAGCGAUUGAUCCACUGCCUGGCGGGGAUCUUAAUGUUGCUGGCUGCGUUGUGGAAUAUGCAUGUUAUGGAAAGCUACGCGCAGUUUAUGGCCUCGAGGAUCUUUCAGGGUGUGGGUUGGGGUGCCUUUGAAGGGCUGGUAAUGAUGUCCGUUCGAGAUAUCUUCUUCGUUCAUGAACUUCCCCUCCGCUUCAACAUACUCUCCAUCACCUCCCUCUUCUUUACCUGGGGCUCCCCUAUCCUCGGCGGCUACCUGUCCCAGAACAGGGCCUCAUUCCGGACCGCAAUCAUGGCCGUGAUCAUUAUCCAAGCCUUCUCCGUUUUCUUUCUGCUCUUCUUCCUGCCCGAAACCUCAUUCUUGCGCUCCUCAUCUCCUACAACUCCCAUUACAUCCGCACCAAUCUCCACCAUGACUUCUAACCCUUCUCCCUCCUCCCUUUUCCGCACAUACGUUUCCAGUUUACGAUUUAUCCCCUACACCCAACCCUUCAAAGCCCACACCGCACUACGGCCUCUCCGCGCAUUCACCACCCCUUCUACACUCCUAACCUUCCUCCUCACCGGCCCAACCAUUGCCUCCGCCUUCGGACUCGCCAGCUCACUCUCUCUGCUCUUCGCCGUCAUGCCCACGCUCCUCUUCCCUUCGUAUCUUGGCUUCCUCUUUAUCCUCCCCGCCAUCCUAUCGAUCUGCGCUUUUAUCCCCGCAGCAUUCCUCGCCUCGCGCCCUUCUCAAAAAGCUUCUUCACCGAUAAAUCCCCGCGUAGUCGUGCUAGGUAUCAUAUUAGGCAUCGCGGGCAUAUUAUCAUUUGCUCUCUACACGACCUCCAAAUUGACUCCCCCCAAUUCGCGCGCCACGGGUUUCGUCUCUGGGGGUUCGCAGCUGAGCCUCCGUGUCGUGUCGCUGCUGCUUGGGAUCUUGGUCGCGGGCGCAGCGGUGCUGGGUGUUGUUGCGCGUGCGGAUUUACAUGCGGAGGUGGAGGAUGGAGUGCAGGUUCAGAACGCAUGGCGCGUGUGCCAGGAUCUGCUGAGUGGCAUCUUCAUCAUGGCGGUUCCUGGCUGGGUGCAAGGGGGGCGGGGGAUGGUAGCGGGCUUGAAAGAGUUUGCUAUUGUGGUUGCGGUGCUGCAGAUUGUGGGGCUGGUGGGGGUUGUUGGUUGGGAGAGGGGCGGGUUGGAGGGGAGGAGGUGGAGGAAGCGGGAGAGGUUGUUAGAAGUGUGAGGAGGGGUAUCUAGGGAAGGGGGGUGUUGGAGUGUUUGGGGAGGGUUGGGGAGGGUUUUUUCCUUUUCUUGGGGCCGGCUUACAAGAUUGGAGGAUGCAACAGGACAUGGAAAGGGAGGAAAGAAAAAUCGAGAUGGAUGAAUAAUACCCAUCUUCUCUUGCAAAACCCUACUUUCCU